GCCCAGUGCAGUGCAGGCGGGAGGAUGCCGGGGCUCAGGGGCACAAGCGCAGGGCGCAGGAUGCCACGGGCCUGGAUGGCGCUCUGCCUGCUGGCGCUGCUGCCCUCCGGGAUCGCGAACACGGAGCCUCCCACCCACGCCACCAUGGAGUCCACAGUGUCCACAGAUCUUCCUCCCCCAGGGGGGUCUUCAGCUGCCCCAACGAACAUGUCCCACCAGGAAAGCGCACUCCCGAAUGUCCCUGGAAGCACCAGCACCUCCGCCACCCCCCAGAGCAGCAGCGGGGCCACGGACCCUGGCCAAGAGCCCUCCGUCCACCUGACGACAGCCACCCCUGAGGCCACUGCCAUGCCCAGGGCCUCCACAGUGCAGGCGCAGACCUCUGCCACGGGCCCCACGCCCACCGCCUUGCCCAGCACCCAGGUCAGCGUCUUCGACCCAGUGGUGACCCCGGGGCCCAGCACGCCAGCGGGGAGCACUUUCAAGCACCCUCAGGACAGCACCAGAGCUGAGAUGGCUCCCACAGGGUCCCUCACAUCAGGGCCGCCUACCCCAGGCGCCAGCAAGGGGAAGAUCACCUGUUCCCAAGUCAAAGAAGUGAGGUUGACCAGAGGCAUCUGCCUGGAGCUGAACGAGACCUCAAGCUGUGAGGACUUCAUGAAGGACAGCGGCGAGGAGCUGGCACAGGUCCUGUGCCAGUCGGAGCCGGCAGGGGCAGGGCCGUGCUCCUGGCUUCUCACCCAGUCUGAGGUCAGGCCUCACUGCCUGCUGCUGGUCAUGGCCAACAGCACAGAACUUUCCAGCAAGCUCCAGUUCUUGAGAAAGCACCAGUCUGAACUGAGAAAGCUGGGGAUCCACAGCCUCUCCGAGGAGGACGUGGGUCACCACCAGAGCUACUCCCGCAAGACCCUGAUAGCACUGGUCACCUCGGGGAUCCUGCUGGCUGUCCUGGGCAUCACGGGCUACUUCCUGAUGAACCGCCGCAGCUGGAGCCCCAGCGGGGAGAGGCUGGACGAAGACCCUUACUACACGGAGCACGGCGGGGGCCAGGGCUCUAGUGCAGGCCCCAAGACCUCCCCGGAGGCCCAGGGAAAGGCCAGCGUGACCCGAGGGGCUCAGGAGAACGGGACCAGCCAGGCCACGUCCAGAAACGGCCACUCAUCGAGGCAACACGUGGUGGCUGACACUGAACUGUGAUGGCCGCAGCAGGGCGGGGGGAUCCUCCAGGUCUGGUCUCUGCCUGGAGCCCGCCCACCCACCC